CCCAAAUUGUUCUCGCUGCGAUAGUUUCUCCGUCUCUUUGCCUCCUUCAUUCUCUUCCCUCCACUCCUCUCUCCUCCGUCGCCGAAACCAGAGUACCAGACGCACAACCUUUUGGUCCGCCGCCUCUUUCUCUCUAUUUUUAGUGCUAUGAGCUGUCACUUUACUCUCUCUUUGAUUCUCUAAAUGAGCCUGCAUUGAGUCAUUGACUACCCCGUCAGGCCCCAGCACUACGAGCUACAGUUUACUAUGCAUUCACCCUGAUACAUAUGCAUCGUACUCUGGGCGCGCACCGCCUCAUAUACCGUGCUCGUAUCGCUAACUACGUAAAAGCUGGCCUCAUCGAUCACGCAAUCCAGGUGUUCGACGAAAUGACCCAAUCAAAUUGCCGUGUAUUUAGCAUAGAUUACAACCGAUUUAUUGGCGUUUUAAUCCGCCAAUCCCGCUUCGACCUAUCUCAGCAUUAUUAUCACCAAAUGCUCCUUCUAGGAUUCUCUUUAACCUCAUUUACAUAUUCCCGUUACAUUUCUGGUUUAUGCCAAAUUAAAGACUUUAGUACAAUCGGUGAGUUACUGUUAGAUAUGGAGAGACUGGGCUUGCUGCCGGAUAUUUGGGCCUUUAAUAUUUAUUUGAAUUUUUUGUGUGGUGAAAAUAGAAUAGAGUUGGCUCUAGAGGUAUUUGAUAGCAUGGCCAGGAGAGGGAGAGAGCCUGAUGUUGUAACAUAUACCAUUAUAAUUGAUGGGUUGUGUAAAGUAUGCAGGUUCCAUGAAGCUGUUCGAGUUUGGCAUCUUAUGAUUGACAAAGGGAUUAGACCGGAUAAUAAGGCCUGUGGGGCACUUGUAGUUGGGUUGUGUGAUGGAGGGAGAGUGGAUUUGGCAUAUGAGCUUACUGUUGGUUUGAUGAAGGAUGCUGGAGCUCAGUUCAGUAUUUUAGUGUACAACGCUUUGAUUAGUGGUUUUUGUAAAGCUGAUAGGAUUGAUAAGGCACAAGCAAUUGAGUCAUUUAUGAAGAGGAAUGGAUGUAAACCAGAUUUAGUUACCUAUAACGUGUUCUUAAAUUAUUGUUGUAAUAAGCUUAUGUUGGAAGAGGCUGAGAAAUUGAUCAAGAAGAUGGAGAGGAGUAAGAUAGAGCCUGAUAUCUAUAGUUAUAAUCAGCUGCUUAAGGGCCUUUGUAAAGCCAGCCGCCUGGAUGAAGCUUACUUGCUUAUGGAGAAUAAGAUGGAACCAAAAGGAUUAUUUGACAUUGUUUCUUAUAACACUCUUAUUGAUGCAUUUUGCAAGGCACGCCACAUUAGAAUGGCUUACAAGCUCUUUGAGGAAAUGGAUUCAAUGGGAAUUGCACCGGAUGUGGUGACAUUCAAUAUUCUUAUCAAUGCUUUUCUUAGAGAAGGUAGUUCAGAUGUAGCACAAAAGCUACUUGAUAAGAUGACAGUGACAGGUCUGUUGCCUGAUCGUAUAUUAUUUACAACAUUGGUGCAUCGCCUAUGCAGUGCUGGAAGCAUUGGGAUGGCUCAGAGUGUGUUCUGUGAUAUGAUAGAGCAGGGAAUUAACCCUGAUGUUGUUUCAUUCAAUGCCCUUAUAAAUGGGCUUUGCAAGUCUUCUAGGGUCAGCGAAGCCAUGAAACUAUAUGAGGAAAUGCAGAGCAGAGGAUGUGAUCCUGAUGAAGUAACUUAUAAAUUGAUAAUUGGAGGGCUUGUACGGGAAAAUAAGCUUCCGGUGGCUUGUAGGGUUUGGGAUCAGAUGAUGGAGAAAGGAUUUACUCUUGAUAAGGUUGACAUUUGUGGUUCUGGUGCCAGCUUGAUUUCUAUAAUCUGGUGCAGAGCCCAGAAAGUGAAAUAUUCUUAUUUGGAGUUCAUCUUAUCAGGGAUUGUUGCUACCAAUUCACCCUUCCUACAGUUUUUGAUAGUCAUCAUUCAGAUACCUUUAGUCCAGUUGGAUAGAACCGCAUUUCAUUUCAAGGAUGGAAAUUAUGAAGAUAAAAUGGUUGUGGUGCUGAAAGAACGUGAUGUUGUGAUGUUUGAUUAUACGUUACGAGAGAAACUGAAAAUGUAGAAUUGGAAAGAUUAUUUUAUUGCAAAAGC